AUGGAAACCCUCGGCCAGGUGCCAGGUCAGUCUGAUUUGGCAAUUUAUGGCGAUCAUCGAAGAAUCGGCUGGGUUGAUGGUAGCGCCAUCGAAGUUCCGAGAAGUCCGGCUGCUCUAUAUAACUCGGCAAACCUAUCUCGUUCUUGCCAGGAAAGGUGGUCUCCUGAGACUACCAAUGGUAUCUGCGUCCCACAAACGCAUACGACAUUUUCAGAUUAUAUCUCCGAUAUCAACAUAGUUGACGAGGCUCAAUUCGAUCCGGAGAUGUUUUUUCGUGAUAUUCAAGACUGCUCGACAGAGAUCGAGGGAACAGUGCGGAAUCAGCCACAGCUCAAUGACGGGGCAAACUUGGCGGAAGUCGAGAACAUACUCUUAGAAGACUUUUGGGCAGGAGACAAAUUCCGCUCGCAGAUGUUAACAGAGCUUGUGCCAAAAAGUUCGGGUGGAGACUUCACUUUCGAUACACCUCCCUCCCAGGCCAUUGCAGAUUCUCAGAACUAG